AAGCACCUGUAACCCAUGUAGCCCAGUCCCCACAAGCAACAGGAGAAAAACCAUAUAAAUGCAUGGAGUGUGGGAAAACCUUUAUUCAUAGCAAUGGACUUAGAAGUCAUAAAACGAUCCAUACGGGAGAGAAACCAUAUAAAUGCAUGGAGUGUGGAAAGACCUUUGCUCUGAGCAAUAGACUUACUAUGCACAGAAAGAUCCACACAGGAGAAAAACCAUUUAAAUGCAUGGAGUGUGGAAAAACUUUUACUCAAAAAAGUAGUCUUAUUUCCCAUCAGGUGAUCCACAUAGGGGAAAAUCCGUUUAAAUGCAUUGAGUGUGGUAAAACCUUUACGCGUAGCUAUGAACUUACUAUCCACAAAAGGAGACACACGGGAGAGAAACCAUAUAAAUGCAUGCAAUGUGGGAAAACCUUUAUUUGUAGCUAUGAACUUACUAUCCACAAAAAGAGACAUAAGGGAGAGAAACCAUAUAAAUGCAUGGAGUGUGGGAAAACCUUUACGCGUAGCUAUGAACUUACUAUCCACAAAAAGAUCCACACAGGAGAGAAACCAUAUAAAUGCAUGGAAUGUGGAAAGACCUUUGCUCUGAACAACAGACUUACUAUCCACAAAAAGAUCCACACAGGGGAAAAUCCAUUUAAAUGCAUGGAGUGUGGGAAAACAUUUACUCAAAGGAAUGGACUUAGAAACCACAAAAUGAUCCACACAGGAGAGAAACCAUAUAAAUGCAUGGAGUGUGGAAAGACCUUUGUUUACAACAAUAGUCUUACUAUCCAUAAAAAGAUCCACACAGGGGAAAAUUCAUUUAAAUGCACGGAGUGUGGGAAAACCUUUACUCAUAGCAAUGGACUUCGAAAUCACAAAAUGAUCCACACAGGACAGGAACCAUAUAAAUGCAGGGAGUGUGGAAAGAUCUUUACUCAUAGAAGUCAACUUAUUAAUCAUAAUAGGAGCCACACAGGGGAAAAACCUUUUAAAUGCAUGGAGUGUGGGAAAACCUUUACUCAACGUGGUCAUCUUAUUUCCCAUGAGAUGAUUCAUACAGGGAAGAAGCCAUUUAAGUGCAUGGAAUGUGGAAAGACCUUUGUUCAACGUGGUCAUCUUAUUUCCCAUGAGAUUAUCCACACAGGGGAGAAACCAUAUAAAUGCAUGCAAUGUGGUAAAACCUUUACUCGUAACUAUGAUCUUACUAUCCACAAAAAGAGACACGCAGGAGAGAAACCAUAUAAAUGCAUACAGUGUGGGAAAACUUUUAUUCGUAGCAAUGAACUUACUAUCCACAAAAAGGUCCACACGGGAGAAAAACCAUAUAAAUGCAUGGAGUGUGGGAAAACCUUUACUCAUAGCAGUGUACUGAGUAGCCACAAAAUGAUCCACACAGGAGAGAAACCAUAUAAAUGCAUGGAAUGUGGAAAGACCUUUGCUCUGAAGAAUAGACUAACUAUCCACAAAAAGAUCCAUACGGGAGAGAAGCCAUAUAAAUGCAUGGAGUGUGGAAAGAGCUUUGCUCAGAAUGGUAAUCUGACUUCUCAUAAAAGGAUCCACAUGAUCCACACAGGAGAGAAACCAUAUAAAUGCAUGGCGUGUGGGAAAACCUUUACUCAUAGCAAUGGAUUUACUAUCCACAAAAAGCUCCACACAGGAGAGAAACCAUAUAAAUGUAUGGAGUGUGGAAAGACCUUUGCUCUGAGCAGUACACUUACUACACACAAAAAGAUACACACAGGAGAAAAGCCAUAUAAAUGCAUGGAGUGUGGGAAAAGCUUUACUCACAGCAGUACACUUAGUAUUCACAAAAAGAUCCACACAGGAGAGAAACCAUAUACAUGCAUGGAAUGUGGAAAGACCUUUGCUCAGAACAGCGGACUCAGAAACCACAAAAUGAUCCAUACAGGGGAAAAGCCAUUUAAAUGCAUCGAGUGUAGAAAGACCUUUGCUCAAAGAGGUCAUCUUAUUUCCCAUAAGAUGAUCCACACAGGGGAGAAGCCAUAUAAAUGCAUGCAGUGUGGAAAGGCAUUUACUCAAAGGAGUGUUCUUACUAUCCACAAAAAGCUCCACACAGAAGAGAAACCAUAUAAAUGCAUCGAGUGCGGAAAGAUGUUUGCUCGGAGCUAUGAUCUUACUUCCCAUAAGAAAAUCCACACAGGAGAGAAGCCAUAUAAAUGCAUGGAGUGUGGAAAGACCUUUGCUCUGAGCAGUAGGCUUAAUAUCCACAAAAAGAUCCACACAGGAGAGAAACCAUAUAAAUGCAUGAAUUGUGGGAAAACAUUUGCUCGGAGCUAUGAUCUUACUUCCCAUAACAAAAUCCACACAGGAGAGAAGCCAUAUAAAUGCAUGGAAUGUGGGAAGAGCUUUGCUCGGAAUCAUAGUCUUAAUUGUCAUAAAAGGAUCCAUGCUCGGGAGAAACUAUAUAGCAAUAGCAAUUCCACUUCAGCUUAUAUGCCAGUCCAAACUGCUUUACAGCAUUCUCUGAGCAGUUUGCAAAGUCAGCAUAUUUUUCCCAGUAAUCUGAAUCCUAUUUUACCAACCUCAGGAUGAAAGGAUGAAUCAACCAUGAGCCUGUCAGAAUCAAUUAGCCUGUAGUACUGCAUUCUAACCCCUGCCCCACCAUGUCUAUAGAUUUGCAUGUGUAUGCAUAUUGUGCCUUUUUGAUCCAAAUGAGACAAGGUUGAAUCCGACAAAAUGAAAUUUAAUGUGGAGAAAAGUAAGAUUUUAAACCUCGGCAAGAAAACCAGAUUACAGGAAACCUGGCUCAAAAACAGUAACUGUGAGUGUGA